CGGCCAACCGUGUCCCAUAAAUACGCGCCCUCCCUGCCAAGGCUGAUCGAGACCUCCUCCUUUGUUGCCUAGCCUCUCCAUCCUUCCGAGGCUGCUGUGACCUAACCUCCACCCACAUCGCCAUCUCCAACAAUAAUCGCAUCCGUCCAGGCAUCCAGCACCUUGGCCGCCGGGCCGUCGCCUUGCUUCGUACGUGGACGACUGGUGCUCUGCCCUGCUCGAGCUGCUACCUAUAUAAGAAGAGGACACGAGGUGGAGGAGAAGCAGACGUCUGCACACACGCACCGUGCCCAUCGGCGAUCGCCAUGGCCGUGGAAGCGCACAACAUGCUCCACACAGGAGGACAGAAACUAGCCCACGCGGGUUGGGCGGGCGGUGGUAGUAUAUGUUGUGAGGCGCAGGAGCCGGGGCGGCAUGCUUGGUACGGCUACGGCAAGGAGGUCGCCGGCGGCGCGGUGGGGAGCCAGCACCAGCAGGGGUACCAGCAGUCGUGCAUGGGUCUGGUUGCUCCGUCCACGGUCGCGCCGCUGGGGCGGUACGGGCAGGUGUGCGCGGCGGACGCGUCGGAGAGCGGCGUCACGUUCGGCGGUGCACAGGAGCCGGCACCCAGGAAGCGGAAGCGCGCCGAGCAGCCGACUGUUCUCGGACUCGGCGCGGCCGACGUCGCGGCGCAGUUCCAACAGCAGCUGAUCGACGUCGACCGCCUCGUGCUCCAACACACGGCGAAGAUGUGGGCGGAGCUGACGGAGCAGAGGCGGCGGCACGCGAGGCAGGUGGUGGCCGCCGUGGAGGCCACAGCGGCAAAGCGGCUGCGCGCAAAGGACGAGGAGAUCGAGCGGAUCGGAAGGCUCAACUGGGCCCUCGAGGAGCGGAUGAAGAGCCUCUACGUGGAGGCGCAGGUGUGGCGCGACCUGGCGCAGUCCAACGAGGCCAGGGCCAACGCGCUCCGCGGCGAGCUGCAGCAGGCCCUCGACGCCCAGGCGCGCCGCUGCGUCGGAGCCGGAGCCGGAGACGGCGCCGCCGCCGACGACGCCGAGUCGUGCUGCUGCGGGGAGAACGGCGUGGCCGGGGACGCGGGGGCCGUCGAGGAGGAUGAGGUUGGGACGACGGGCAGCGGGACGAGGUGCAAGGUGUGCGGCGAGGGCGCGGCCGAGGUUCUGCUCCUGCCGUGCCGGCACCUGUGCGCGUGCGCGCCGUGCGCGGCCGCGGCGCGGGCGUGCCCGGCGUGCGGGUGCGCCAACAACGGCAGCGUUUGCGUCAACUUUUCGUGAUGGUUGUGAAAGGAAUAGUUUUUUUUUGCGAAAUGAGAGGUUGCGUUUUAGCUUUCUCAAGCUGUUGGAUCUAUUUGAUCAACAAGAAAGAAGGAAAACAACAAAAGAAAAGAUUAGAAAUCUUGCA